GUCCUGGAGACCCCGCGCUGCCUGCACCUCCAUCGUCUCGGUUGUCAUGGAUGAUGAAGACGGCAGGUGCCUUCUAGAUGUAAUUUGUGACCCAGAAGCUCUCAAUGACUUUCUUCAUGGAUCUGAGACCCAUGGCCAUGUUGCAGAGGUCCAGCCUGCGGUCCAGCUGUCGGCCAGUGAGUCGGCAGGUCUGCCCAGAGUCAGUGUUGACCUGGACUUCCUGGAGGAUGAUGACAUCCUGGGAGGAUCCCCAGGUGGAGAAGGUGGGAGCAAUGGCAUUGGGACAAAUCACGAGCCAUGUGACAUCCUGCAGCAGAGCUUGGCCGAAGCCAACAUCACAGAGCAGAGCUUACAGGAGGCAGAGGCUGAGCUGGACCUGGGCUCCUUUGGAAUUUCAGGCCUUACACAGGUGGUUCAGACGCUGCCUGAUGCCAGCCUCUCCGGGGCUGGAGGCGCUGCUGUUGGUGUAGGCAUCGGCGUUGGGGGAGCAGCAGCCAUUUUCCCUGGGUCGGCUCCGAGCACCACUGCUACUCCUCCCAAUGCCACAGCUGACAUGCUGGGGUCGGUGCUCGCUCAGCAGGGCCUUCAGCUCCAACCCCAGGUCAUGAACAAGGCCAUUAGUGUUCAGCCAUUUAUGCAGCCUGUGGGCUUGGGAAAUGUGACGCUUCAACCCAUUUCGAGUCUUCAAGCUCUUUCUAAUGGGAGCCAGUCUGGACAUUUGGGUAUCGGACAGAUUCAGGUUGUGGGUCAGCCUACAGUCAUGACUAUCAAUCAGUCUGGGCAGCCAAUCCUGGCUAAAGCCAUGGGUGGUUACCAGCUGCACCAGUCUGGGCCAGAGGUAUCAGGUGCUGGUUCUCAGGCAGGGCUUGGAGGCUCAGGAGGUGGACUUCUGAUCCAAGGUAACAAAGCCACUUUGGGAUCUCCAGCUUUAAAUGGACCGGCUGUUUGUGUCAGCAGCACAAACAGUAGCAGUGGUGGUACAAUGACUGCUCCUGCUGGGCUUGUGGGCUUUGGCAGCACCCCUCUAAGUUCAGGAAUAGGACCCCAGACUCAAACUCAAGGCCAAAUCAUGCAGAACGUGAUCAUCCAGCGCACACCAACACCUAUUCAGCCUAAACCCCCUCAAGGGGGACCCAUCCAACCGAAACUCUUCAAACAGCAACAGCAGCAGCAGCCACAGCCACAGCCAGCACCACAAGCCCUGCAGAACGAUGCCCACAAGGCUCUUGGGCUGCAGCAACUUCCAGUUUCUGCUGCUCAGAAUGUAGCCUUCCUGACAGGAAAGCCAGGCUCCAACGUUGUUCUGAGUACUCAAGCCACAACACAAGGCCCUCAGUUUCAACAAACCCUGUUCAAGCAACAAACAGCACAACCAUCUGGCAAGCCCCUCAGUGUACACCUGUUAAACCAACCUAGCAGCAUCGUUAUUCCCUCUCAGACCGUUUUGCAAGGUCAGAACCACCAGUUUCUCCUGCCACAGCUACAGCCGGGUGGGCAGAUCCUGACCCAGCAUGCUGGGGGGCACAUCAUCACGAGUCAGGGUCCUGGUGGUCAGCUCAUAGCGAACCAGAUUUUAACUGCAAACCAGAACAUCAACUUGGGUCAGGUGUUGACCUCACAGGGCCACCCUGGGGCUGCUCACAUCCUCUCUGGACCCAUUCAGCUCCAGCCUGGUCAGAUGGGCACACCUACCCUCUUUCAGAUGCCUGUCUCACUGGCUCAGAGUCAGAGUCAGACGCAGACCCACACUGUCUCAGGACAUGCCCAGACAGUGAUACAGGGCAUGCCGAUUCAAAACUCCCUGACCAUGUUGAGUCAGGUGGAGGGACUGAGCCCCGCCGUCAGCCUUCAGCCGGCCCUGCAGCCGCAGCCAGGUGGAGUCCCCAGCAGCACAGGAGCAGCAACCAUGGCUCAAGGCCAGCCUGGAGAGUGUGUUACUGUGCUGGGCAGCACAGAGCAGGCUGCUCAUCCCACUCAGCAGCUUGUACCACAGUCCUCUAUCCUCGCCAUGCAACCGGCUUCCUCUGUGUCCACGGCUACCACAGUAUCCUCCUCUUCUCCGUCCAUGUCUGUUUCCACCUCUUCCUCUGUCACAGCUGUGGGGCUGGUCCCCCCUCAGGCUCAGCAAAGUCCAGGGAGGUUACUCUUCACCAACCAGGGCUCCAGCAUGAUCCUGAGCCAGGAGUCUCUGCAGAUGUUCCUGCAACAGGAGCAGCACCACCAAACAGAGAAUGAGUCAACCCCCUCUGUGGGCGUACCGGCGUCUGUAAUCGUCAGCAGCAACAGCAGCACUACUCCGGCCCCUGCUGUCCAUGACAGCCAAUUAACUGACUCUUGGGUGGGUCAGAGCCACAGCCCUUCCCCUGGCCCUUCCCACAUGGCAGCAGUGGUAAAGCAGGUACCCUCCAGUGGACAUCAGCAGCCUCUAAAGAUCCAGGGCAUGUCCCCCUCGCCGGCCUUGACCACUCAUGCCGCUGCCCCCCCAGUGGCAGAGAGCCCCCAGCCUUCCCAGUCUCCUCUCACUCUGAGCCAGCAGAUCCAGUCACCGCACCACCAACAGUCGCGUCCUCCCUCUCAGCCUCAGCCGCAGUCUCAAACGCCCUCUCGCUCAUGCACACCCUCAUCUCACCCUCCACUCUUUAUAGUCCACAAUCAAAUCGCAGAAUCCCCUCAACCAGCUCCGCAAGGCCAGGCGCAGCAAACGCCACCCCAGCAAGCACACAUUCAAGUGCAGCUUCAGCCUCAGCCUCGGCCGGCGUCUCAGCCUGCCCCCUAUCAACAAGACAUGCCCCCAAUGUCACAGUCACCCAAACCUCCUCCUGCACCACCCGCACAACACCAAUUCACCGCGCCUCCCGUCAGCGCUUGUGCUACCGCUGUCGUGAAAACCCAGGUUCCCAUCCAGGGUUUGACGUCAGAGCAGCAGCACCAUCUGCAGCUGGUCGGAGCGCAAAUUCAAACCCUGUCAUCCAUCACUCAGCCCUCGCCUCAGCAGAAGCAGCUGCUGGAGAAGCUGCACCAGGUCCAGCAGAACAUCGUGCUGCAGGCCAAGUCCGCUCAGCCUCAGCCUCAACCUCAACCUCAACCCACCAGUCAGUUUAGUUCCCAGCAAGAUGUGCCUGUUGAUAAAGUGGUGAUCGCAUCAUCAGUCAGCACCAGUACAGCCGCUCAGCUUCCCUCAAUGCUGCAGCCGACGUCAGUGCUUGUUAAAACUCCUGCUACAGCAUCAAGUGACUUACAGGUAUUCUCAGGAGCCCAAGGGCCAGCUGGAGCAAUGGUGAAUCAGACUGUCACUCCUGCCAGCCUUACCCAGCCUGCACAGGUUCAGCCAAAGCCAGGAGUGAUCAGCUCAGUCGGAGGGAUGACUCUGGGGAAGGGUGGGAUGCAGAUACAGGUGUUGGGACCUAGUCUGACUCAAAUGCCUGCUCCGCAGCCCCGAACUCCAGGACAAACUCAGACAACAACAAUGAAAAUGCCUUUCAGUGCAGAGCCCAGUAAAGAAGCCAGGAUGCUGGAACAGCUAAGGAAACAUCAGGGUUCAGUGCUUCACCCAAACUACAGUGCUCCUUUCCACUCUUUUGAGGACACACUGCACAGACUGCUGCCUUACCAUCUCUACCAGGGAACUGCCAACUCUUCUCAAGAUUAUCAACGAGUGGAUGAUGAAUUUGAGAAGGUCUCCUGCCAGCUGCUGAAAAGGACCCAGGCCAUGCUGGAUAAAUAUCGUCACCUGCUUUUUGCAGAGUCCAAACAGAGACUGGGCCCCUCGGCAGAGAUGGUGAUGAUCGACCGGAUGUUCAUUCAAGAGGAGAAGGUCGCGUUGAAUCAGGACAGGAUUUUGGCCAAGGAGAGACCCGAGGAGUUUGUGGCAAAUGUGCGGAUGUUGGAGAGUGUUGUUACAUCCCAACAGAACUCUUCGUCUGCUGAAUCCACCUCAUCGAGUGGAAGUGUACCAACUGCUGCCGCCGCUCCUGCACCUGCUGUUCCUGCUCCAGCCCCAGCCCCACUACCAAACAUUACCCCAAACCCUCCACCUGCUCCAGCUGCAGCUCCUCCUCCAGCUCCAGCUCCAGCUCCUGCUCCUGCCCCUGCACCAGCUCCUCCUGCAGCCCCUUCCCAUUCCCCUUUCCCUCCUACCAGACUGGUCAUAAAGCAGGGUGGAGGUGGAGCGUCCGUGUCCUGGUCCAGCAGCUGUGCCCCACCUCCACCUGCAGCGAGCAAACCGGCAGCUGAACCUGCUGCCCAGAGCUCGUCCUUUAGUCGUGCACCGGCGGCGGCAUCAUCAUCCUCUUUCUCCUCCUCGUCCGUGAACUCUCAAGCAGCCGAUGACGACGACGCUCUCCCACAGCGAACCAGCAAACCUCCUAUUAAGACCUACGAGGCUCGUAGGAGAAUUGGCUUGAAGCUGAAGAUCAAGCAGGAUCAAACGGGGUUCAGUAAGGUGGUCCACAACACUGCCUUAGACCCAGUGCACACACCUCAACCUCAGUCCAUAUCCCAGCCUCAGACUCAGCCUGAAGCUGCUGCACCGCAUGCAAAGUCCCAACCUUUAUCUACUCCUCCUGCUGCAGUUGUCAGAACUCAGUCCCCCGUAUGCACAGCUUCUUCUGGCCUGUCCAUCACCAUAUCAACCUCUCAGUGUAACCCAACGCUGAAAGGUACCGCUCCCCCCACUGCAGCCCCAUCUUCCUCCACCUCUUCCUCUCAUACUUGGACGUCGUCCACCUCGUCAUCCUCCACUCAAAUGAACGGAACAUUGGAUCACCACAAUGUGGGCGGGGCCAAACACAACCCCGCCUCCACUGCCACUUCCUCACAGACAACCUGCCGCCUCCCCCUUCGAAAAACCUACCGGGAAAACAUCAGUCCCCGGGUCAGACCUGGUGUCCCGGGUGGAGGAGAUGAAAAUUUGUCCUAUCCCAGAACCACGCCUUCACCCCCCAGGCACGAGGCCUCAACUCCCCCUUCAGAGCGGACAGUGAUAGCCAGUGUGAAGGUAGAGAAAAGAGACAGGGAGGCCUUACACACUCACACAGAGUCGAGCCACGACGCCGGCCGCUUGGGGUCGAUGCAGGGGCUGGACGAAAUGGAUGAGGUGUUCAACCGUGGUAUCAAAACCACGCAGCACCAUCAUCACCCGCAGCUCCUGGACAGGGAAGGGGCGAAGGAGAGAGGAGAAGAGCACACAGACCAAGAGACAGAUGUAAGUAAGUACAAGAGAUUGAGUGGGAAAAAUAGACAUAGGGCAGGAGGGACAUACAGAAUGGACCAGCAUGCACCUGGGCCUCCCUCUCCUGAGUCCUUUACACGAGACUCUUUGCUUCCUGCCAAACGCUGCAAGUCGGACUCCCCCGACAUGGAUAACGCCAGCUUCUCCAGCGGCAGCCCUCCGGACGACUCUCUGAACGAGCACCUGCAGUGCGCCAUCGACAGCAUCCUGAACCUGCAGCAGGAGCCCUCUGCCCGCGGGCACCAUAUUAAAGGGGGCAACAGCAGGCCCCACCAACACCAAAGUCAGCGCCCAGGGGGCUCGGCAGCCUCAUCCCACAGACCUUCAAUCCCACCCCCCUCCUCUGCUUCUUCGUCCUCCUCCUUGGCCCAGCACCCUCAGGUCGGUGGCCGUGGCCACAAUGGCAGCCUGGUGCCCCAGACUCAAAGUAGAUAACAGCCCCUCAGCCUCAGGCCGGACUGACACGGGGGAACUGAGAGACGGUUUAGGAGGCAGGGGAAGGGGGCACUGUGAAAACAGUAUCACUGUACUACUCUGCCAAGCUGCAUUGGCUUUGUUUGUCCAUUUGAAUUGUCCAGACAUUUCUUUGUCAUUUACAGUCUGAGGUCGCCCCAUGGUGGCAUAAGUGUGCUCAAAGGUAAAACGGUGAAUUGCAGACUUGAAGAUGCCUGGCAUUUUGUAUGUGUUCAGUCAGCCAGACUUGAGUAACAAGAUGAAAUCGUCGGAGGCUGUUGUUCUCUAAUUCUGUCUCUUUUUCACUUUUGGUCUCUUCUCCUCCUCCAGUAUUUAUACAUUCCUUUCAUGUGGCCUGAGCACUGGUUUCUACCCAUAACAGUUCAUCUCAUGGUUCAAACAGUGUCCUAAUGAGCAUCAGGCAGCUUUUUUAAGCAGUUCAAAAGUCAGCUGCUGUUACAACAGAAUGGCAAAACAGGAUACAACAGUGUUGUACUGUAAUAGGUCAUAAUGCAUACAGUGUGUUCCUGUCCCUACCAUAUUUGAUUAUCUUAUCACAAAGAUAAUGCUGCCGUACAGAUGCAAACAGCACAUGCUGGAAUAAUGCAGUCCACCUCUUUAUCAAACUUCUUUAUGUAGAAUGUAAACCCAAAAACUCAGUUACCCUGGUGUCAAGGCAACCGUUAUUUGUCUUCAAUUGGCAAAAAAAAGAGUCGCCUCCUGAAUUUCAUAUAGACAUCAUUUGCAUUUUUUUUAGAUAAACCAUGUUGAGAAAUAUGUUGUUUUCUUUUUGACUAUACUUGGAUACUGUAGCACUGCGCUGUCUGGGUGUAAACAAACUUGUGAUUCAGUUCUUUUCUGCCUCUGAUGUCAGAUGAUUUUUCAGCUUCUUGUUUUCAGGCCACACCUCCACAGAAACACAAACCUGCCCCCUCGUUCUGCCUCUGAUGCCAGGUUAGGACGUUAUGCAUUUCAGUCAGCAGGGGUCAGGCCAGUUUUAACAUAUUUUCUGUCUUGUUUCAUCUCUCUGCCGUGGUAUCCCUGCCUCCCGUGUGUUUCCUCUUUUUUUUUUUUUUUUUUUUUCUACACCUGGUGGACAAUUCAAACA